AUGCACAUCGGGAACUACACGAAGGCGAUGAGCAAGGACUGGCACACGGGACACUUUUGCUGCUGGCAGUGCGAUGAGAGUCUGACGGGGCAGAGAUACGUGCUGAGGGACGAGCAUCCCUACUGCAUCCAGUGCUACGAGCAAGUCUUCGCUAAUGUCUGCGAAGAAUGCGGACGCAUCAUCGGCAUCGACUCCAAGGAUUUGUCUUAUAAGGAGAAGCACUGGCACGAGGCAUGUUUCCUGUGUGCCAAGUGUCGAGUGUCCCUAGUGGACAAGCAAUUCGGAUCCAAGUUCGAGAAGAUCUACUGCGGCAACUGCUACGACGCCCAGUUUGCCACCCGCUGCGAUGGAUGCCGCGAGAUAUUCCGAGCAGGGAUGAAGAAGAUGGAAUACAAGACAAGGCAAUGGCACGAGAAGUGUUUUUGCUGCUGCGUUUGCAAGACCCCAAUCGGGACGAAGAGUUUCAUCCCCAGGGAUCAGGAUAUUUAUUGCACUGGAUGCUACGAGGAGAAAUUCGCAACCCGCUGCAUCAAAUGCAACAAGAUCAUAACACAAGGCGGGGUGACAUACAAGAAUGAGCCGUGGCACAGGGAAUGCUUCACUUGCACGCACUGCAACAAGAGCUUAGCCGGCGAGCGCUUCACAUCCCGGGACGAGAAACCUUAUUGUGCCGAGUGCUUCGGGGAACUUUUCGCCAAGCGAUGCACCUCCUGCUCCAAACCCAUCACCGGGAUCGGUGGGACGCGGUACAUUUCUUUCGAGGACAGACACUGGCAUAAUGACUGCUUCGUGUGUGCCAUGUGUAACACAACGCUGGUCGGGAAAGGCUUCAUCACCGACGGCGAUCAGAUCCUCUGCCCCGAAUGUGCCAAGCAAAAGCUCAUGUGAGAUCGCAUCUCUUCAUCCAGGACCGUCUUACCUUUCGCCUUUCUUCUUCUCCCACUCCCUGAUCACCUUUUCACCCUCCACCCACCCGAGUAUCCAUGGUCUGUUCCUUUACUGUUGCUGUUCCUGCAGGAUCUAAGUGCCUUGUUUUUAGGUUCCCCGUCUCGUGUGCUGUUCUGUCGAUGUAAAUACGUUCGAUCGGUGUCUUCUCCCUCUCCUCGAGUUUUGUGUCUUUAGUUGACACAGCUUUACUGUUACUAAUCGAUGCUAGUCGCGAGAGGAAACAAAGGAAACAAAAAAAAAAGCAAGCUUCUUUUCCUUUCUUCUUUCCUAUGCCCCAAGCCGGUUCAUUUUUCGUCGAUGUGGUUGUGAACGCGAUAAAGCACCUUCAUUUCUCUAUGGCAUAACCCGCUUCUUUUCGGGAAUCCGAUCGCGAUAAUCACUGCAUGCAUGAAUGAGUGCCAGAUGUGAAGCAAAGUUGAUUUAUUAUUUGUUGAAACAUGACGUAUUUUAUAGAGGUAGUUUCUUGUUCCUGAUAGUGUCUCAUUCUUUUCUUUCCCGGUUCGAUGCAUAAUAAUAAUAAGUAUAUGGCAGGAAAAGUUUUCAGCUGUGAAUCUUUGGACGAGAAUGAAGAAAAAAAAAUCUGUGAUUCUGUCGAACGGAAGUCAUCAAAAUUCAUACUUAUCUCUUUUCCAUGAUGGACUCUGUUUCCUUUUUUUUGCAUUCUUGUGUGCGAGCUGCGGAGAAAAUGGACAAUGGAGUCUAGAAAUAAACUUUCUACUAAAUUCCGUCUCAUACAUUUCAUGACUAUUGAACACAUGAAAUACUUUAUCUUCUCAUCAUGGUUCGGAUGCAGUGGGAUCCAACCUUUCUAGGAGCUGCGUGGCCACUUUGCAAAAUGCGGAUUUUUGCUCUGAGUCGUCGUUUUCUUCCUCCUCUGUGAAAAGAAGAAUAAGUGAAAUUCAUAUUAUCGCCCCAUUUCAUCUCGUGUUCAUUAGAACCCAAAAUUUCGACAUGUUUGAAGUGAUUGUUACAUUUGUAUCACAUCGCUUGAAGCCAAUUUUAUUGAAAAAUAAGAAUUUCGGUCCUGGACG